AUGACUACAGAGAAAACUACUUAUCGUAUCGCAUCCAUCCCGGGUGACGGCAUUGGCGAGGAAGUAGUGCGAGCGACCAUUGAAGUGGUUAACAAGCUCGCUCAGACGUUGAACACAUUCAACAUUGAAUUUACGCAUCUCCCAUGGGGCACUGAAUACUACAAGCAACAUGGUCGAUAUGUUUCUGAAGGUUACUUGGACACUCUGCGACAAUUCGACGCAGGCUUGUUUGGCUCUGUGGGACAUCCAGACGUACCCGAUCAUGUCUCCUUAUGGGGCCUGCUAUUAGCACUUCGCAGUCCAUUGCAACUAUAUGCCAACGUCCGUCCUGUGCGCACUUUUCCCGGAACCAAGUCACCUCUGACCACAGCUGUGAAUGGCAUUGAUUGGGUCCUUGUGCGAGAGAAUUCCGAGGGGGAGUAUUGUGGCCAAGGCGGACGCAGCCACACAGGUCAGCCAUGGGAAGCUGCGACAGAGGUGGCGAUCUUCACACGAGUUGGUGUUGAAAGAAUUAUGCGCUUUGCAUUUGAAACAGCACGCUCCAGACCGCGUCGCCACCUGACCGUCGUCACCAAAAGUAACGCCAUGCGCCAUGGAAUGGUCCUUUGGGACGAGGUCGCGGAGGAGGUUGCGAAAGACUUCCCGGACGUCACCUGGGACAAGAUGUUGGUGGACGCCAUGACCCUCCGCAUGAUUUCGAAACCGGAGUCGUUGGAUACUAUUGUGGGAACCAAUCUGCAUAUGGACAUUCUGUCUGACCUGGCAGCUGGUUUGGCUGGUUCCAUCGGCGUGGCACCAUCCAGCAACCUCGACCCUACCCGCAAGAAUCCCUCGCUAUUCGAGCCGGUCCAUGGAAGCGCUUUUGACAUCAUGGGAAAGGGCGUGGCCAACCCGGUGGCCACCUUCUGGUCCGCUGCGGAGAUGCUAGCCUGGUUGGGUGAGAAAGAUGCUGCCAAAAAGUUGAUGGAUUGUGUCGAGAAGGUGUGCGCUGCUGGGAUUCUGACACCGGAUCUCGGGGGCUCGGCGAAUACUCAGGGAGUUGUGGAUGCACAUCAUGAUCCCACGAGAAUGGAGCCUCCGGACCUUACCAAUGGCCCAUCCGAGAUUGGUUCCCUGACUGCGCAUUCCAAGGAUGAGAGCCAAUUUGUCGGUAGCUCCAGUGGUGUCUACUUCAUCAAUACCGUCCGACGGGCUUUCUCCGAAAGUCUAGAUCCGAGUGGUUCAUCGCCUGCUCAAGACUUCCCCCAGCCCGAGGAUACCCUGGUAGGCAGUGAUGCCUCGCAUAAGACGUCCCCGGUUGCACUGCAGAAUGACCAGUUUCCGUGCCGAUGGGCAUAUGAUUCCGCAGUGGCAGCGGUCUUGGGGAACGCUCCCCCGCUUGAUACAGCUCGGAAACUCAUGAUGAUGUACUUCAAAGUUUGGCAUCCUUUGUUCCCUUUUCUACAUGGCCCUACUUUUUUACAGGCCAUGGAGGGACUCUAUUCGGAAGAUCGCCAGGAGCCAGCCCGUAACACACCGAUGGCCGAUCACCGACAUGUUUGCUGGACAACAAUCUUCCAGUGUAUCUUCAAUUUGGCCAAUUCUGUCCAUCCGGAGAUCAAUCUCCCGCUGGAGUCUCGGAUUGAAUCGCCCAGCAGCAUGCAUUCUCUCCUUGGGACGCUGACUAGUAAACAUGAUAUGUUGUCCUUGCAGGCACUUCUUGCUUGCCAACUAUAUCUGCUUGCAAGGAUGUCCCUCCGGACAGCCUCCACCGUAGGUGGCUGCAUGCUGCGUUCCAUGCUGCACGCUGGUCUCCAUCGCUGUCCGUACCGAUACAAGGAGCUCACAACCCACGACAGACAGUUGCGCAAGAGGAUCUUUUGGUGUGCCUACGCUAUUGAUCGAUACCUAAGCCAGGCACUUGGGCUGCCCCUCGGUGUGCAAGACUCGGAUAUCGAUGUCUGUUCACCCAAUGCGCCUGAAAUCCAUAUACCAGGAAUGUACAAUAGAUCCCAUUUCGUCCGGUCUACGUCGUAUGCUGAGCAAAGGGAACACCGCUCCCAGCUCACAAGCAACCAACACCUUGAAAACACCUCACCGCAUGCCUUCUCAGCCCACAGCAGCUCCUCAGCCGAAGAAGCCCAGCAAAACCGCCGCGAACUUGCCUUUGCAAGCUACGUCGAGUCCGGCACCCUGACAGGACGAGCCCUCGAGCUCUUCCACAAAUCUAUUACUGUGCGCUCCGUCCCACGUAGCUCCGUGCUAUUCCUCAUCACAGACGUCCAUAAAUGGUGGAACAAUCUCUCCAUCGAGACACUUCAAGGCCAACAACAACCACUGCCACAACAGUCAUCCACCGACCAACCCCCUUCAUCCUCCCCAGCAGCAACAACCACCGCCGCAUUCAACUUCGCCCCCUUCUUCACUGUUCUUUACCAACAUCUCAUCCUCCUAAUCAACCGCCCCUCCCUCUCCCUCAGCCCAUCCACCCCCGAAUUCUGCUCCGGGCUUCAAACCUGCAUCAAUGCCGCAAGGGAGAUCAUCUCCGCGUUAACGACGCAACAAGAAAGCGGUCAAUCAUUCUUCUGGCCCGGUUUCCUCUCUGCUGCCUGGAUGUCAGGUCUCGUCCUUGCAUUUGCAUGCCAACUCCGCCAAUACGUCCUGUCCAAAGGAGCUCAAGAAAUUACCAAAUGUCUCACAAUUCUGCACACCAUGUCCACGCAAUGGGAUGCAGCCAAACACUGCCACAGGGCGCUUUCCCUUCUAUCUCGGACUAUCCAUGAAAAUACCACCACCGCAGAAUAUGCAAGAGGACGGGCAGGAAGGAGAACCCCUGCUACUACUACUGCUGCUACAACAUCUGGCCUGCAUGAACCUGCUAACACUAGUAGCCAUGCACAUCUGUCUCACGAGGAUCGUUUGUUCUCUGCGGAGGGGGUUAGUACUACGAAUGAUAAUAAUGGAGAUGCGGUGGGAGAGUUUGAUUUCGGGAUUGUGGAUCUGCUCGAAGGGAGUAACUUUGAUGAUCUGGCGGAUAUGUUUGGGCAGCAGUAUCCUUCUUUUUGA